CCCCAGCUACGCGAUGCAACAUCACCAGUGUGGUCUGCCAUUGCCAAAUACCCUUGCCGUAGCCUCAGCCACUUUCGAUACUCACCGCUUCUACUCCGCUCUACUCACCCAGUACUCUCUUUACCAGUACGCGGCUUGACAGCUCCUCGGCUCGCACAGUCAGCUCCAUUUCCCCAAUAGUGUGUACAUACUGUACUGAUCCCUGCAUGCGCGGUGCGACGGUUAUGACGCCACUCCAUAACGGGACCACCACUCCCGGACCUCGAUGCUUGAUCAGGUGCGAUGCGCGCGGGGUAGAAGCUGAAGCGGAUGCGGGACCGUUGCAGUGACGCAGGUCAGUGGGUCCAGGAUGGAGGCGAGAGCCUGUUUCCAGAGUGAUGCGCCGACGGAAAUAUUUUUGGAUAGAGACCGAUGGCUCUGCGUACUACGUAGACCAAGUUACCGGCAGUUGGGCAAUAGGAAGGGAUGUAUAAAAGACGGCGUCGACGCUUGCUCGAGAGAUUGCAUCACAACGUCCACACCUCCAAUCGUUUCACACCCCACAAGCAAUAAGAACACUUCGGUUCACACGCUCGCUUAUCCCUCUGUCUACAUCCACAUCCAACAUACACACAUACAGAUCAAUCACUCAGCUAACAAUGUACACCCUCGCCGUCCUCAGCGCGCUCCUUGCCAGCGCCACAGCGCAAUCCUACUUCCGCGUCAUGUCCACGCGCAGCGCCUCCCCGAUCCAUUUCCUCCCUCUCACCGCACGGGGCCAGAAGUUCUACCUCAAUGGAGGGCCCCCCUCGACCUACUGCCCGGACGUCGUCGGGGACGCGUGUCCGAAGGGGGAUACUACGGUGCUGGCGGGUGGAUAUGAUUAUCUGAGUUUGGCGGUUAUGGUGCCUGGCGGCCAGCAGGGUAUGUGAUGUGCCAUAUUGUUCUUCAAC